CGGCUGAGGAGACGCAUCGCUUGUGUAGUGUUACCUACGUUACCGAGAAGAAUUUUAUCACAAAUAUUGAUUAUAUUGUUGACUUUGUGAAAACAAGGAAUCCAUCAUGUAUCUCCGAUAUUAUUUAAACGAGAAGGGUGAAAGGCAGUACACACUAUCGACGAUUGAUCCUCAUGGCAAGCCGACGAUAUCAGCUCAUCCAGCUCGCUUUUCUCCUGAAGACAAGUACUCCAGGCAGAGGAUAAUCAUAAAGAAGAGAUUCGGCCUCCUAUUGACACAGCAACCCGAACCUGUACUAUAAGAUAUAUAAUGUUAUUAGAAUAAGGUUUACUUUAAUUAUAAGUUUUAAUUAAG